AGAGGAACAAGAGAAACUGAAUGUGUGGGUCGCUUUGCUGAACCUGGAGAACAUGUAUGGCACAGAGGAAGGACUGAUGAAAGUUUUUGAAAGAGCAGUUCAGUACAAUGAGCCUCUGAAGGUCUUUCAGCAAUUGGCAGACAUCUACAGCGCGUCUGAGAAAUAUAAGGAAGCUGAGGACCUAUAUAGUACAAUGCUGAAACGCUUCCGUCAAGAAAAGUCUGUGUGGGUAAAGUACACCACUUUUCUUCUGAAGCGUGGUUUGGUGGAGGCAGCUCACAGACUUAUGCCACGGGCACUGAAAUGCUUGCCAGACAAAGAGCACGUGGAUGUGAUUUCAAAGCUGGCACAGUUAGAGUUUCAGUUUGGUGAUGCAGAACAUGGCAAGGCCAUGUUUGAAAACAUGCUGAGCACAUACCCUAAACGUACAGACGUCUGGUCAGUGUACAUAGAUGUAAUGAUAAAACAUGGAAGCCAAAAAGAAGUCCGGGAUAUUUUUGAAAGAGUGAUUCACCUAAACUUAACAGCAAAGAAGAUGAAGUUCUUCUUUAAACGCUACCUGGAGUAUGAGAAGAAGUAUGGCACCGUGGAAACCAUCCAGGCUGUGAAGGCAGCAGCAUUGGAGUAUGUGGAAUCCAAGAACAACCUUGCUGAGAGCUAACAGACUUCAGGGUCUUACUUACCCAGUAUGUUGAGAAGGGAAGUGGACAUGCCUCAUCUGUAGUACGAAAAGCCCUCUUGCUUUUUUGCAUUUCCCAACGAGCUCAAUAACAGAUUGGAAUAGCCAGGACCACACAUUAACAGUGUAAGUGAUGUAAAUGUUUUACACCUUUUAUAUCCCUCCCCCCAAACUCAAAUAAAAUAAUUAUAUUUA